UUAGGCGACCAGUGACGUCAUCACGUAGCUCCGAGGUCUGGCUUGGCUCAGUUGGCGGUGGCCGAAGCGAAGCAGCUCAGACAGUAUCAGACAGCAUUUAAAAAAACAAACAAAAAAAACAAACGACUGACUUUCCGAGUCAACUGUGAAAACGGUCCGAGUGACUCGAGGCGGCCCAACAUGUCCGAGACGUACGACUUCCUCUUUAAGUUCUUGGUGAUUGGCAGCGCCGGGACGGGGAAAUCCUGUCUCCUCCAUCAGUUCAUUGAGAACAAAUUCAAACAGGACUCCAACCACACCAUCGGUGUAGAGUUUGGUUCCAGAGUGGUCAAUGUUGCUGGGAAGACGGUCAAACUGCAGAUAUGGGACACAGCCGGCCAGGAGCGCUUCCGUUCUGUGACACGCAGUUAUUAUCGAGGAGCAGCCGGAGCACUUCUUGUCUAUGAUAUUACCAGCCGAGAGACAUACAACGCUCUGACCAACUGGCUGACAGAUGCACGCACACUAGCAAGCCCCAACAUUGUCAUCAUCCUGUGCGGCAACAAGAAAGACCUUGAGGCCGAGCGAGAGGUCACCUUCCUGGAGGCGUCGCGCUUCGCUCAGGAGAACGAGCUGAUGUUUUUGGAGACCAGUGCUCUGACAGGAGAGAACGUGGAAGAGGGCUUCCUCAAGUGCGCUCGCACCAUCCUCAACAAGAUUGACUCAGGCGAGCUGGAUCCAGAGAGGAUGGGCUCGGGCAUCCAGUACGGAGACGCUUCGCUGAGGCAGCUGCGACAGCCGCGAGGCAGCACCUCACAGAACAAGCAGCAGUGUAGUUGCUAGGUCUCUGCACUCCUCCUCAUCCAGUGCACAGAACGUCCCGUACAGGUCCGUGACACCUUCAAACGCUUGUGUUGGAGCCAGUGGAUAUGUUUUUAAGUCUCCUUCUCGUCUGUGUGUGUGUGUGUGUGUGUGUCAGCUCCAGGCACAUUGGGGUGUCUCACACACACCUCAUCGCACCUGGAUAAGUGCUCGCGGCGACCACUGCAACUCCUGAGCCUUGGCCUCUGGUAAGGCCUAUUUAUGCGUGAAGACAUGCUCUGAUGGUCUUCAGUCCUUACCAGAUAUGGACAAGUCAAGGGUUGUUUGUACGGACUAUUGUAUUUUUAUUUUUUUUUCUCAUUGUGUUUCACACACACACACACACACACACACACACACACACACACACACACACACACACAAAACCAAAAUUUGCACAUCUUUGGUUUAUAAAUUAUCGUUGAUCGACGAAUUGCUGGGUGUACUCUCUUCAGCACUUGAACAUUCGUUGACUGGUUUUGUAAAUGCAACUACUGUAUUUAAAUAGGAGAGAUUUAUGACGCCAUCGCGAAGCUUACCCACAAUUUAAAAGCUUAAAAGUUUUGGCAUCAAAUUGCACUUUUAUUACAUGGGAGUAUUGUCCUCGUUUCCGUCCAUAUUAGUUUAGUGUUGUUUGGAAUCUAUAUGUUGCCCGUUCUUUGCUGAAAAAGCACAAAGGCAGAGCUCAUGCUCCAGCUGGCCCAAGUUGAAGUUGUACUAGCCGACCUCCCAAGUCACACAUGCCGUCUACAGACGUCACAGGAAGCCACAGUUCCCUCAAAGCGGUCAUACGUGAGCAAGCGUGUUUUGAACCUCCAGAGUAGUUUUUCACUUUCCCUCGCCAAGCACAUGAGCAGCUUGGCGCUCUCCCACAUGUUAUUGAGAGAGCAACGGGUAAUUUGCUUCUCCGCACUGCAGCCAGCGAACUUUGUGGGGCUGCGGAAACCGUGAGGAUGAGAAAACAAAAAGCCGCCACUCAAGGUUAGAGUGACCCAAAACGAACAAGACACGUUUUUAAUGUCAUCUCCUCUUGUAUGUGUGUGUUCUCACACAUACACACUUUAUCAUCUCAAGUGAGCAGGUAAGCACACUUGGAGCAAAGACAACGUGAAUCAUGCAAAUGGGAGAUAAUAUACCUAUAUAUACAUCUUUAAAUGUACAGUAUAUCAAGAAAUUGUCUUCAUUUUUUUCUCUAAUAGUUUUCUUCCGUAUGAAGGAGUAUUAGGGUCACACUGACAAGAAAAACAAAUUGUGAGAUUGCAGUGAUAAUGUUGUGCGAAAAAAAAUGUGACUGAGAAUUCAGCUGCGAAUUGCUCCAGCAACAGAAAGUGGAUGGAUGGUAUGACAGUGCUGCUUUCCAACCUCCUCAAAGAUGCAUCUCAUUUAGUUUUUAAUGAGGACAAUAGCAUUCUAUCAAUAUUGUCAUUUGUAAAAUAAAUAAAGUAAUAACAUCAUUAAGUAGAAUAUAAAGAAUUAUUAUGUUUCCGACGAUAAGUUGCUUCAAAACAUCAGGUGCAACCAAAAAAAAAAAAAUGACCCCCCGUUAAACAUAAGUUGCUCAGGAAUUUAAUUUUUUGAGGAAAAUUUAUUCUACACAAAACGAG